AGUUAGAGUGCUAGCAAGAGCACGUGCAUGCGUGCGCGAUAUUUAACGACUAAAUCAGCGACAAAAGAGAACAAAUAAGAAAACAAAAACAGGAUGAGUGACGUUGAGUUGGUGAAGAAGAUGCUGCGAGCUGUUCUUCAGAGCAGUAAGCACGGCGUGACCAUGGCUCGUCUGCCGGGAGACUACCGUGCUCUGACUGGAGAAAUGGUUCCUCACAGGAAGCUUGGCCAUGCCACUCUGGAGAGCUUUCUGCGCAGCAUUCCCGGAGUGGUGCGGCUGGAGCGCUCCAGUACUGGAGAGGUCAUGUGUUUUGCUGGUGUGUGUGAAGAGACGGCACACAUCGCACAGCUGGUCGCCCGGCAGAAGACUUCAAAGAAGACCGGCUGCUCUAAAUUAAUUAACUUCCACAUGAGAAAGAAGUCUUCCUCCCUGUUUUCACCUUAUGUUAAACCUCGCUUGUCUUUGCGGCAGCCGGGUCACGCGACUCGAGGCUUCGCAUCCAAAUCUAGUUUUUACCCUAACCAGCAGCAGGUUUACAGUACUAAUGUGCCCUUCACCCAAGUUCCUUCUCGCCAGCUGAGCAGGAAAUCAGCAGGGUCAGAAUCAACUGUGCCCAGCAGGUUCCUUACAGAUACAAAGACUCAGCCAGUUAAGAACAAUCAGACGCUUGCUCAGAAUAAGCCUGUAAACCAUGCUGAUGUUGAGCUGGUUCAGAGUCGUGUCAAACAGCUUUUCCAGAAGUACUGCAGUGGAGUGUGGCUGUCAAAGAUCCCUCAGCUCUACAAAGAUAUGUUUAAGGAAGAGCUACAUAUGCACAAAGAAGUGGAGACCUGGACACACAUCUGCACUGUUGAAAAGCCAGGCAGCAAUAACACAGUGGACCGGCUGGUGUAUCCUGUCCUGGACCCCUCCCCAAAACCCAGUACUGUGCCUGCUGUAGCACCCAGCAAGCUGUCUCCUAACUCUGCCAUUCUAAAACCACCAUCACCUGCUCAGCAAACUACCCAUAUUCUCAGAACUCUUGCCAUUAACAUUCCUCCAGUUCAGAAAUCCCAGGCACCCUUGAGCCCAAUGUCGCCCGACUCCACCACACUUCACCUUCCAGUCCCUGAAACGCCCAAGCCUACCACUCACACACUCAUCACCCCUCCCUCCACCCCACCAUCUCACCAGCCUCUGACUUCAGAGAUCAAGGAGAAACUACGGCAGCUGCUCAAUAAAUACAGCCAGGGGCUAUGGGCUCAUGCACUUCCACAGCUUUUCCAGGAGGCCUUUGGGCACGUGUUUCCUCAGUACAUGUUGGAGGAUCUGUCUCUGUUGGCAGAUAAAUGCAUGGUUGAGUACCCGAUGCCAGACAAUCGUAAGAGAGCCAUCCUGUACACACUACCAUCUCAUGUCCAAACGCAGCCCUGCCCAAGGCCACGUCCACUGCUUAUAACCUGUUCUGACAACCAACAUGUGCCGCCUCUGACUAUCCCAAUGGUAGAGUUUCAUUCUGUGUUGGUGAUGGAGAUAGGCAGCACCAACAACGUUGUUCUCAGGUUUGUGGGAGAUGGCUACUCUAAAGCACUGGAGGAGAUGGAGGAGGCCAUGCUACAGUUUUAUAAUAAAGUUGGGGCUGGGCUUUGUCUCCUCUCCCCGAUAAAAGGACAACUGGUGGCUGUUGCUAUAGAGGAAGAUGCAGUACUUAGAGCACAGAUCCAUCAGAUCACAGAAGACAAUGUGAAGGUGUACUUUGCGGAUCAUGGUUUUUCUGAGGUAGUUAGCCGGAAGAAGCUACUGCAGCUGAGAAACCAGUUCCUCACUCUUCCCUUCCAGGCAACCACUUGCCAACUCGCAGGUCUGGAGCCAUUCAGUACAGAUGCAGUCGUUCUGAAGACUCUGGAUUUAUCAGCUGUAGGUCAUACACUGUUCACUGAGAUUGUGGAUCGAGAGGACACACCCAUUAUAGUGCUGUAUGACACUUCUCAAAAUGAAGAUGUCAAUGUAAACACUGUCUGUUUGAAAGCCCUGCAGGAUAAGUCCAUGGAGAAUCCUCUACAGGUGAAUAGCGUUUACACAAAUGUGUUUGUCACAAAUGUGUGCUCUGACGGCAGUAUUUAUUGUCAGUUGCCUUCUCGAGGCCAGGCCAAGCUCAAAGACAUCAUGGACAAGAUUGAGGCACAUUUCCUCUCUCAGUUAACAUGGGAAUUGUUGGUGUCCAAGCCAUUCUGUGGGAAAGUGUGUCUAGCGAAAUACAAAGGCAAAUGGGCGAGAGCAGAGAUCAUUAACCUUCAUGGUAGUCAAGUGUUGGAUAUCCUUUUUUUGGAUAUGGGACUUCCUGCUUCUCUGGAGGUUAGCGAGCUUAGAGAGAUCCCGCCGAUCUACCUUAGAGAGCUCAUCACCAUACCACCACAGGCAAUCAAGUGUCUUCUGGCAGAUCUGAGUGCAGAUGGGGGUGUUUGGCCACCUGAUGCUGUUUUGUGGUUAAGAGAGACCGUCCGCAACAAAGCCCCCAGCUGCAUGAAGAUAGUAAAGCUUGAUGAAACCAGGAUUGUGCACGUCUACCUGUUCAGUGGCAAUGGACCUCAUGACCUUCAGAGCAGUGUUAACCAUCAGCUUGCCUCCUGCCUGUUCUGGCAUCAGGAUGUCUACCUCAGCAGGAUCGCCAUGGUUUCCGAACCUUUCUUGUCUGAGACAGGGGAUACCUCCUAUUCAUCUUCCACACAGAGUUCUAAGGGCCUCACACUGCCUCCUCAGCUGGAGUUACCCAAAAUGGGGCAAAAUAUGGAUGUGUUUGUGUCGGUUGCAUGCCACCCUGGGCACUUUGUGUUGCAGCCGUGGCAGGAUCUCUACAAGCUGGUGGUGUUGAUGGGUGAGAUGAUACUGUACUACAACAAACAGGAAGUCACCCCCAUCGACAUACAGAAGAACAAGGUCUACGCUGCCAAAAUUGACAGCAAUUGGCAUCGUGUUUUGGUAAAGGGGGUCCUGACCAAUGGUUUAGUAUCUGUGUAUGAGUUGGAUUAUGGGAAGUACGAGUUGAUUAACUAUUCUCAGCUCCAACCACUCAUCGAUGAGUUCAGGCAGCUGCCGUUCCAGGGCAUAUCUGCUCAACUGGCAGGUGUAAAGAAUGGGGUCUGGUGUGAGGAAGCUUCUAUGGUGUUCCGUAACCAUGUGGAGAAGAAGCCACUAGUGGCCCAGAUCGAGUCCGCUGAGGAGGGAGAAUGGCCCUGGGAGCGCAAAAUCUCCGUCUAUCUAGUGGACACCACACAGGAUGACAAUGAUAUCUGGAUUCACAACAUGAUGGUUGAGUUUUUAGAUGAGCUCAGCAGAGCUGCUUGAGGCUCUCAAAACUACCCUUUCCCAGAGCUGUGCUGAAUGCCUCUAAAAAGCCUAAAGAAAUCUAGACUUGCCUCAUCUGCAAUUCUCUGCUAGAGAAUUGAAGCCUAACUUCAAACUCCACCUGUAGAUUAUUGACACAAGCAGUGGAGAAUUCAAAAUCUCUGAUUUGAUUGUAGAUUUUUUGGUAGAGCACUGUCUUUAUACACCAAUAUAUAAGAAGGAUAAAUAUCGCCUGGGCUCAUUUUAUUUAUACAUGUUCAAGAAAAUUCAAUUAUCGUUCUGAGUGCCAUGGUAAUAGAUUUCGUUUCUGUUUGCUGUUAUGGUUAACAAUAUUGUGCCAUUCUCAAAUUAACUCCUGACCUUAUUACCUGAACAACUUACUUUUCUGUCUUUACAAUAGGGCCAUUUGUCUUUAUUAGUCAUUUGAUUUAUUUGUGCAUGUUUGUUUAUUUUGUGUGAGACACUGAUACGUGUUUAUACUCCUUGAUUUUGCACUUUGGUUUGUUUCGAUCUUUUGCUGUGUGUUUCUCCACAAAGGAAAAUUGCCAAAUUGUAAAAAAAAAAAAAAAACAUUUGUGUUUAGAUGUUCUGGUUUGUUUUAUUUCAAGUUAAGAUUUGGCUCAGAACAUUAAACAAA